UUAAAAUAUGGCAAUAUUCCAAUUGAACAGCAUGGAAAUGAAGAACGGGGACAUCUCUCACCAGGCUAUAGAGGCAGAGUACAGGGGCAAGGCUGGGCAGACCCUAUGAAAGAACACUUGGGACAGAGGGGAGGAGUAAAUAUCCUCUGUGCACAGUUUGUACAGUCAAAGAGGUGAAUUAGUGUGAAGCCCAGAAACUUAGGCUGCAGCUCCAGUCCUACUUAGUUGAUCUGCAAAUGAUCCAUGCUGACACACCGUGCUACUUUUUGCUGUUUGACCUGAAUUCUGGGCUUCUAACAUCCACUCAGGAAUCCCUCUAACAGCAGGCAACAACAUGUUGGAGCAAGUUCUGUCGUUCGGCCGCUCUCUGGUGCGCCGAAAGUUGGUUGACCUCAGCAGCUUGGAGGAUUCGAAGCUCUGCCGCUGCCUGGGUACCGUGGACCUCAUCGCCCUGGGUGUGGGCAGCACUCUCGGUGCUGGUGUUUAUGUACUGGCUGGAGAAGUGGCCAAGGGAGACUCCGGUCCCAGCAUUGUUAUCUCCUUCUUAAUUGCGGCACUGGCCUCCGUUAUGGCCGGCCUUUGUUAUGCAGAGUUUGGAGCUCGUGUCCCAAAGACCGGUUCCGCUUACCUUUACAGUUACGUGACUGUAGGGGAGGUCUGGGCCUUUAUCACUGGUUGGAACCUGAUCCUCUCUUACGUGAUUGGAACCUCCUCAGUAGCUCGGGCUUGGAGUGGAACAUUUGAUGAAAUGACAGGAGGGCACAUUGAGAUAUUUUGCAAAACUUACUUCAGCAUGAACUCUCCUGGUCUGGCUCAGUACCCCGACUUCUUUGCUGUCUGUCUGAUUCUGCUGCUGUCUGGACUUUUGUCGUUCGGAGUGAAGGAAUCCGCGUGGGUAAAUAAAGUCUUCACCUCAGUCAACGUGCUUGUACUCCUCUUCGUCAUUAUCUCCGGCUUUGUCAAAGGAGACACACGCAACUGGAAGAUAACGGAAGAAUCUCUCGUAAAUGUCACCAUAAUUGUCAGGAACUUAUCGGUGACGGCCAACGUGAGCAGUGAUUACGGAGCAGGAGGAUUCAUGCCGUAUGGUUUCAGUGGAACGUUAGCUGGGGCCGCCACUUGCUUCUAUGCUUUUGUGGGGUUUGACUGCAUAGCAACAACGGGUGAGGAGGUGAAGAAUCCUCAAAGGGCCAUUCCAAUCGGCAUAGUGGUGUCACUGACUGUGUGUUUCCUGGCCUACUUUGGUGUUUCGGCUGCGCUCACACUUAUGAUGCCCUACUACCUGCUGGAUGAGAAGAGCCCACUGCCCAUGGCUUUUGAAUAUGUGGGAUGGAGCCCUGCCAAAUAUGUGGUGGCUGUUGGUUCACUUUGUGCCCUGUCCACCAGUUUGCUGGGCUCCAUUUUCCCUAUGCCUCGUGUAAUCUAUGCUAUGGCAGAGGAUGGGGUGCUUUUCAAAGCCUUAGCCCGAAUCAAUCCUAAAACGAAGACCCCCCUUAUUGCCACUAUGACCUCUGGUGUAGUCGCAGCCAUCAUGGCGUUCCUGUUUGACCUCAAAGCGCUGGUCGACAUGAUGUCCAUCGGAACUUUACUGGCCUACUCUCUGGUUGCUGUCUGUGUACUGAUUCUCAGGUACCAGCCAGAUGGCUCUCUGAAUUGGCGAGGAAGAGGUAGCUGUGAGAAGGGCUACCUGCCCGCCGAGGAGGGCGAGUCUGAACUGACCGAAUCGGAAUCGCACCUCAACAAACUAAAAGCAGGUGACUCUGUCCUGCAGACCAUCUCGCACCCGCCUGCCUCGCCCUCUGAGCAAUCAUCGAGCGUAGUCAACAUGUCCAUCUGUGUGCUGGUGUUGUUGGUGUGUGUGCUCAGCUAUCUGACCACGUACCACAUCGACUCCAUCUGUGGUCUGGAAGUGUGGAUCCUGGCGUCGCUGACCGCUUGCCUCCUCCUAUUCAGUGGAUGCGUCAUCAUGGUCUGCAGGCAGCCUCAGACAACUCACAAGGUCUCCUUCAUGGUCCCUCUUUUGCCUUACCUGCCGAUUCUGAGCAUUUUUGUUAAUAUUUACCUCAUGGUUCAGCUGAGUGGAGACACCUGGAUACGUUUCUCAGUGUGGAUGGCACUAGGCUUCUUGAUCUACUUCGGCUACGGUAUGUGGCACAGUGUGGAGCGCCAGCGCCUCCUAGCCAGCAGCUGCACCACCAAGGACCACAAGACCACCAGAGCGAAGGAGGCUGGCUUGGUUACAGUCAAAAAGGAGCAGGAGCAGUUUAUCUGCCCAGAGAAGAACAGUCAGUUCUGAAGUUACCCACAAUAGUUAGUGCUAAUAGACUGAGAGGUGACACUGAGGCCCACUAAACAUGCAACUAUACGCAUUGAUGCUCUUGUGUGAACAUCGGUACAUUCAGUCUGUGAAAGCCAUGUCAGUAUUUUGUGUCUGCGGUCACACGAUGAAGAGCCGCUGUUGAUUUUCACUGUGAUGGACGCCACAAUGCAGACAUUGUGUCUUAUGGAGGACGUCAUGAAGCACAAUGGAAAGGACAGGUAACACACUGGAGAGUGACAAUCCCUCGGUGCACGACCGAGGUCUUUUAUUAAAGGAAGUCCCUGUUAGGGAUUCAGUUGAUCAAUAUUAGCAAGUUUGUCUAAACUGUAAAUGUCUCCCAUCAUUUAAUGACCUGCGUGUAAUGUCAGGGUUUUCAUAUAUAAUUCUGUAGACUACAUUAAGUACAGGUCCAAUUGAAUGAGAUCCCAAUGAAGAGCUAUACCAGAUAAUGCUGCUUAAAAGAAUCAUUUUCAGUUUUCGUUGCACAAGAUUUAAUUACAGACAAUGUUUGGGGUUGUAACUAAAAGGUACUUCUAACAUUUUGGUGAUCUCUACCUAUUUACUGUAUGUUGUGGUAUAAUGCAUCACAGCUACAAUAAUAAACACAUUGUUAAAUCAAUACAUUUCUGCAUGUCAAUCAACAUAAUUACUGUCCUAGCUUCGGCAGCAUUUUUGUUACAGCUCUUCUGUUGGCUCUCGUCACACUGAGUGUCGUUCAAGGGACUUUUAUUUUUACAUAUUGCAAAACGCUAUAGAGGUGUUGUUAUAGUCAAUAUAUUUUACAUGUACUUUCUGCACGAUUGUUUCUGUUAGAGCCAUUUCGGACAUAUUUACACAUAUUUCUUAUGUGUACAUACCAUGCUUUGUUUAAAGUAAAUUUGAUUAUACGGCAAUAGCUUACAUGACUGUAUAUUUGGUAUUUUGCUAUAUUAUUGGUAUACAGUUUAAAAUAUUGUCUUUCCCUUCCUAUGAAAAAAGCUGUUGCCCCAUGCCCUGUUCGACCAUUCAAAACAAAACAUUGUCACAUUUACGACAGUUACUGACACUUUACGACUCCCAGUCCAAAGAGAGCAAACUAAAAGAGCACAACUACCGUAUUUUUCGGACUAUAAGUCGCAUUUUUUUUUCAUAGUUUGGCCGGGGGUGCGACUUUUACUCAGGAGCGACUUAUGUGUGAAAUUAUUUAACACAUUAGCGUAAAAUAUCAAAUAAUAUUAUUUAGCUAAUUCACGUAAGACAGUGGUCCCCAAACUACGGCCCGCGGGCCGGAUCCGGGCCCCCAGCAUCCAAAAUCCGGCCCACAGGAAGUCCCAAGUUAAAAAAAAAAUAAAAAAAAGAUUUAUUUUUAAAAAAAUCUUUCCUUUCUAAUCCAUUUUUUACCGCUUGUUACUCUUGGUGUCUCCUAGACACUCAGGCAAAUCAUAUUGUCUAAAAAUGAAUUUUCCCAUCGAUAACGUGACAAUGUUAAAUGUUGAUGAACAUCAAUGUUAAUUGAUGUUAAAUGACAAAACGGAUU